AUGCAGGAUGGCUUGGGAUAUGGAAUGGGUGUUGAUUCCAGCUCCAUGUGUACACUAUACCCAGGUAUGGACGUGGAAGAGUACCUCAGAAGCGUAAGGGAGGAGGAGGCACGCCUUCCAGAGGUCGUUGCUGUAGAAACAACCAACACCACCGGGAAUAGCCACGGGAAAACAGUGGAACAGUUUGAAAGGCUGCAGAAAAUUGCCACAGAGUCCGUGGAAAAUGAUCGAACACUCGUGAUGAGUGACAAUGAAUUGCAAUUCUUCAAAGCCAUGAAGGACGAUGUGAACGCCAAUAUGUCGCACGCCGAAUCCGCAGAAAGGUGUGCGCUUGUCGAAUACUGUACCGGGUUAUUGCGAAGUGCAGGUGGUGCGGUGAAAGUCAGCCGCUCGCUCCACGACUUAGAAGAAGCACAAUGGGAAGUGUUGUUCCGGUUGCCGCCUCCGGAAGUGCUGGAAAUUUGUGAGCACGGGAUAAGUUUUGCUAGUGUACAGGAGGUUUUGCACAAACUUGCAAACUUCAUUUGUGGCGGUAAAGGGAAGAACAUUGAUGAAAAAUCAUCAAGGUGGCUUUUCGCCGUACUGCUCAUUCUCGAUGACCUGCAUGCCAUGCAGGAAUCCGUUUCGUACGAACUUCAGCGACUAAAACGAGCGUUGUCCAGAUAUAUAACCACAAAGAUGGGUGACCUGAACAGUUACAAUCCUGAAAACGAAGAAGAUAUCGCAAAACGCCAAAGAGACGAAAUAACCAUCACAGGUCAUAUACUCAACAUGUGUAUCAUACGACAGCAUUUUAAACAAUGGUAG